AUGGAGACCACCGAUAAUACUGCGACGAGCUCGCCCACUCCUACCUCGACUGCGCGCCGUAGUGGACGCGUCACGAAAGCCCCCGCCAAGUUCACCCCCGAACCGACUACGCUCAGUAAGCGUAAGCGCACAUCGGAAAAUGACAACGGCGAGGACGGCGAAAAUGAAUCGCCCGAAGACGAAGAGGACCUCAAUGAAGAUGACGACCCCGACGCCAGCGAAGUUGAGCAGGAGCGCCAGCGUUCCAGAAAGAGGAAGCCGUCAUCCCAGUCGGCAAAGGCCAAGAAACCGGCUUUGAAAAAGCCAAAGAUCAACGGAGAUGCGCCAUCCACCACUAAUCCGCCAUCGCGUCCGCAAACACCAGCAGAAGUGCCUGCGGUUGCGCACGCGCUGGCACUGAACAACCUUGCCAGCCUUCCUAGCAGGCCGAAGAAGUCUGCUCGAGUUGCAAUCGCCCAGCCUGAGGGUGAGGGCCUCUACACCGAUAUUUUUAGGUCCGACGACCGACCCAACGAAGUUGCGACCCGAUGGUAUCACAAAUACCAGGCUGACCACGCCGAAGCCCUUACCGACCUCGUCAACUGCAUCCUCUUGUCCGCCGGAUGUGACCAGCGAGUGACGGAGGAUGAUAUUAGAGACCCCGAUAACUGCCAGAACCGUUUGGCGGAUCUACAAAACGUUUAUGCCGAGGAGGGCAUUACGGAUUACCCAUUGAUCUCACGGGCCAGAACAACUAGGUCAUUCCGCGAUCUUCUAGUUGGCUUCUUCAAAUCCCUGGUGGACGUUUUGCAUGAGACCGAUGCCUUGUACAAGGAUGUUCAAAUACUGGAGAACAUUUCCCGAUGGGUGGCAUCCAUGUCCUCUUCGACACUUCGCCCAUUCAGGCAUACAGCCACUACCAUUGCGCUUGCCAUUCAAACGGCACUUGUCAAGGCGGCGGGUAUUUUGGAUGGGCGUAUCAGCAAUUACAUGCAGCAACUUGAGAAGACGAAAGGGAAAGGAUCCAAGAAUGCCGGCCUUGUCGAAUCUAUACAACAAAACCUUACAGACGCCGAGCACUACCGUGAUGUUUGCAAGGAUCAAAUCCAGGACAUUUUCGACACUGUCUUCGUUCACCGGUACCGCGACAUCGACGCCAAAAUACGGACGGAGUGUGUGGAGGCGCUCGGCAACUGGAUUUGGAUGCUUCCUACAGUGUUCAUGGAGCCUGAGUACCUCCGUUACCUCGGCUGGAUGCUUUCCGACGUAAUGCCGCAAACAAGACACGAGGUUCUCAAGCAGCUCGGCAGGAUAUUCAAGAACCACGCCGAAAAGCUCGGUCAUUUUAUUGAUCGGUUCCGGCCACGACUGGUCGAGAUGGCCACCAAGGAUUCUGAUGUCAACGUCCGCGUGGUAGCCAUCAGCAACAUUCAGAUCUUGAAGGAUUCUGGCAAUCUGGAACCGGACGAGAUCGACUCUAUCGGGCGUUUGAUUUUCGACCCAGAACUGCGUAUCCGCAAAGCUGUCCUUGACUUUUUUGCUGGGUGCGUCAAUGAUUCCAUCGAGGGCAAGGUUGAAGAAAUUGGAGGCGAGGACGCCAUUGAUGAGCUGUUCCAGGACCAGGACGAGGACGAUUUCAGCUCGCCGCGGAGCGACUGGGUUAGUAUCAAGUGCCUCGCAGAGCUCCUCGCAGCAUAUGAUACCCAACUCGAGGAGGAGAACCCCGUCGAGCCUCCGCGCAGUUUGGAUAUUGCUGUGGAUGCGAUUCCGGCUGUCGCCCCCGAGACCAGAAUCUCUCUGGCUGGCCACGUCUUGUAUGAGAAGAUCGACCAGCUAAAGAACUGGGAGCUUCUAUCUGGGUAUCUACUUUACGAUCACUCUUCUAGCGCAAGCUCAAAAUCGGCGUCCAAGGGAGGUUCCGUUGAGGCCGCCCUGCGGAGAGCAGUUGCGCCUGAGGGCAGAGAGGAGGCUAUAUUGUUGGAAGUCCUCGCUUCUGCCGUGCGGUCGAGUCUUGCUGCUCCUGCUGAACUCGAGAAGAGCAAGAAGCACCCGCGAGCUGAGGGCAUCCACCUUAUCGGACCAGAAGAGGCUGCUCGUAAACUGGCUUCUAUCAUUCCUCAGCUUCUGAGCAAGUAUGGGGGGGAAGCAAGCACGGCCGUUACCGUGCUACGGCUAGAACACUCGCUGGAUCUCAACGUAUACCAGCAACUGGGGCAAGACUCAACUACCUACGACAGGUUAUUAACUGGAAUUUGCACCCAGUUCGACAGGCACAUCGAUAGAGGUGUUUUGGCAGAGACGACCACGGCAUUGUUGCAUGGAAGGAAAUACCCCGCAUUGGAAGAAACAAUAGACGAGAAGGUGUCAGAGCUAUGGGACAAGACCAUUAACAAGCUACGGCAAUUUGACAAGUCCAGCGAGCUGGGCAUCCGUCGUAACCUUGAGGAGCCUGCCAUCAUCGAACUUGGCAACGUCCUCUCCAAGACCAGUAAACUCGUCACGCUUAGGGACUGUACCGAAGUGCUGGAGGCAGAAGGCCAGGUGGAGGGCUCCGAGUCUUCGGCCAUUGAGGUUCUGAUUCGCAUUGUUAUGCGUGGCAAGCUGGACCAGGUUGAUGAGAAUCUGGAUGACCCUGAGGACGAGACAGUUUCUUACGCCGUUAAGACCUGCCUCUUCUACUUCAUGUGGAAGGCUCGCGCCUUGCGCGAAGCGGUCAACGAACAAAGGGCUAUUCCCGCCCUUCAGAUCGAGCGUCUCAACGCCCUGCGCCAGUCCUUCGUAAGGAACCUCGUGUGGACACUUUCCUCGCGCGGAACCAACGAUGACUUGCGCCUCUUCUCCACCGGUGCUCUGUGCGACUUGCACGUCGCCUUUGCCUCGGUCCGACGUGUCAUCGAGCGCCAUGCCGCAGAGGGAUCCGACGUCGACUACUCGCUCAUCGACCCACUCCUCGAAACCGUCGACCCUGGCCUCACGCGCGAGAUGAUUGAAAUCUUCACAGCUGCCGAACGCGCUUACGCCCGUUGCAUCAAUAGGCAACUGAACAACCCGGGCGAAGACGAGGGGCCCAUCGAGCAUUUCUCGUCGGAUGAGGAGGACGACGAAGAUGAAGAUGACAGCAACCUCACGCCCGUGCAGAAGAAGAGGAAGGAGCUCAAGGCGGAACGGGUUCUCUGCGAGCUCACAGGCAAGAUGGUGCUCGCCAUCGUGGCCAAGGUGUUCGACCAGCGUGCGGAUGGCAAGAUCAAGAAGAGGAUGCUGAGGAAUCAGAGCAAGCUGGGUCACAACUUCAAGGAGACGCUGGCGUAUCUUGUUGACGAAGGCCGGGCUGCCAGGGUGAGGGACGCGGCUGCUAAAGCGGCUGGCAAGAAGAAGAGGCCGGCUCCUGCUGCGCCUGGCUCAAGGGGUCGGAAUAGCAGACCAGCGGCUGCCGGGAACUCUUCUGGUGCAGCAGCUGGGAAGAAGCAGGCGCUCAGUGCGGAGAUCAUCACUGCUGAUGAUGACGACUCGGAGCUAUCGGAUAUUGAAAUCGAGGACGAGGAUCCCGCGGCCGCAGCUCCCGAACCUGCAGAGACAACCGAGCUGGCCGAUGAUCCUAUUGAGGAUAACGAUGAGAAAGGAGAAGGCGGAAAGGAAGACGGCAAGAGCAAGAAGGACGACGAUGGUGACGAAGACAUGGACGAUGAGUAA